AUGACAAUGACAAAGCAUUCUAUGACCUAAUCAUAACUUAGCCCUUUUAAAGAAUCUAGCAAAAAAUUAAAAAAGAAAAGGAAGCAACACGAUGGGGAUUCAAUUAGUAGUUUCGACUCAAACUUAGAGGAAAAUAAAAAGGAUCAGCAUCUGAUGAUUACCAAGAAAAAUAGAAAAGACUUAACUGAUUACAAUGAUAAGUUAUACGAGAGAUCUAUGGAACUCGAAAGAGUCAUGGAUUUACUGAUGAACAAUUUAGCUCACAAAGGCCACAAAAAGUAUUAGAAUAGCAAGAACACAAAAUCAACAAAUGGAGUAUUCAUGGAAAACAUCAUGAUGAAGUCUCAGCAGCAAUCCUAUCAAACUCUGACCAGAACCAAUGUACAUAACUCCAAAGAUCAGUCUAUGAUGGCUGCUGAUUCGCAUAGAAAGUUUUCUAAUGCUACUUUCUAGCUGAAUGAUAACCUGAAUAGAAACUCUCAUAGUGAAUUUCUACAACUACAACAAUAACAUCAGAUAAAUCAUCCUCCAUCGAAGUAGGUGCAUCUAUACAAGAUGAAUAACUAUUAAUAUUCUAACUAGACCGGUUUACAUUUGGUAAGAGAAGACGAGGUUCUAAAUAAAGUCAUUAGCAAUUAAUCUCAAUAAAGAAGCACUUUACAAAGUAAUUAGAACAUUGAUUGA